GAAAGGAUUGUGAUGCAUGGGAAAAUCCAAGUUGCAGUGGUGCCUGAUACAGGGGAAAAUCAGUUUGCCGCUUCAGAAAGGCGGAAGGAGCAUAUAAAUUGCUUAAAACAGACAAAGGGAGGCAUAAUGGACUUGGAGAAAUGAAGUUGAAAGGAUUAGCCGCUGCUCCUGAAUAGAUGUCAGAGUCCAGCGUGGUUCCACUACGAUGACUUCUCAGCGGUCAUUCCCUGCGGACGACUUCGGUAUCUACUAUGUCCUUGCAGAGUGCACAGAUCAUUAUGAUACCCUUCCAGUUAACGAGGCUGACAAGAACCAGCCCCACUUCCAGGGGGUCACUGGCCUGCGGAACUUGGGCAACACGUGCUACAUGAACGCCAUCUUGCAGUGUCUCGGCAGCAUCUCGCCACUGGUGGAGUACUUCCUCUCCGGAAAGUACAUUACUGCUCUCCAAAACCAGAAACCUGCCCGUUUUUUCCUCUCAAGGGACUGCAGUGAUGUGGCCACUGCCUUCGCUUACCUGAUGACAGACAUGUGGCUUGGAGACUCAGACUGUGUCUCACCAGAAAUAUUUCGGUCGGCUCUUGGCAACCUCUACCCAGCAUUCAUGAAAAAGACACAACAAGAUGCUCAGGAAUUCUUGAUUUAUGUCCUAAAUGAACUUCAUGAAGCUCUGAAAAAGUACCAUCGAAGACGCUCCUAUGAGAAGGGAUCCACUCAAAGAUGUUGCAGGAAGGCAAUUGCCAACGAGACAUCCAUCAUCACACAGCUGUUUGAAGGGCAGCUCAAUUACGGCAUCAUCUGUCUGAAGUGUGAGAACUGCACCUACAGAAACGAAGUCUUCACCGUCCUCUCCCUCCCCAUCCCAUCUGAGUAUGAGUGCUCCCUUCAGGAUUGUCUCCAGUGUUUUUUUCAACAGGACACAUUGACUUGGAACAACCAGAUUCAUUGCUCCUUUUGUGAAACCAAGCAAGAAACAGCUGUGAGAGCCAGUAUUUCCAAAGCACCAAAAAUAAUCAUUUUUCACUUAAAAAGGUUUGACAUUCAGGGUACAGUGAAGAGGAAACUGAGAACAGACAUUCACUACCCACUCACUAACUUGGACCUCACUCCUUACAUUUGUCCAGUCUUCCGGAAACAUCCGAAAUACAAUCUCUGUGCAGUGGUGGAUGCUGAAGAGCUGAAGAGUGCCAGCUUAAGGUUGCAUGGCAAGGACUAGGACCAGAACUUGGAUCUUUUCGAUGUCAGAUACAGAACAAGCAAAGGUGGAGAAGAGGAAGGUCUAAGAGAACAUUUAAUAAGUGCCUCCUAUUUGCUAGUACUGUAAUGAGAUAUCCGCAAACAGCUAUUUAAGACAUAUUAAGUCUUAUUACCACAUACUAACAGAGGUGGGGGGAAGAGGAUUGAAGCUCAGAAAAGGUAACAGAAGUAAUUUUCCUAAAAUCUCUGUAUACCGUAAGUCAUAUCUGGACCUGACCCAACAAGCCCAUUUCUACACCAGUGGUCAGACUUACUCUGUAAAAGGCCAGACAUUAAAUACUUUAGGCUCUACAGGCCACGUGGUCACUGCUGCAACUGUUCAGUUUUAUUAAUAUAGCACUUGGAACAGCCACUGAAAACCACAAACAUGACUGUAAAACUUUAAAAACACUGAUAUUUGUCAUACAAUUUUCACAAGUAAUUAUUCUGCAAUUAUUCUUUGGCUUUUUUCCAAACAUGUGAAAAUAUAAAACCCCUUCUUAACUAUUAGGUUAUGAAAAAGAGGCCACUGGGCUAUGCCUGCUGACCCCUGUUUUACUUCAUGCCACUUUUUUGGAAGUAAGCGUCCUAAUGUCUUUGUUUCAAACUAUUUUUAUUGGGUUAGUAAAGACACAGAUAAAAAAAAUUCACAAAGUUUUCUUGGGCCUCUUUUUU